UGGCCAGGCUCUUUCGGGGAAUCAAAGAACAGAAUGUGCUUCCCAAAUCGUCCAUAACUUGUUUCAAUGAGAAUUUUAUCGACUCUGUCGGGAAUAUCACUAGCGAGUCACUUUUCCCUUGAGAAGGGUCUUGCUCAUCUUGGCGAUGGAAUGAGUGUGGGGGGAGGGGUAGGCGGGAACCGCAGUUAUCAGUUUAUAAAUAUUAAUGUCAGCAGAGUGGUGCUCUUGGCAGGACGCAUUCAGAGCUUGGGGAUUUGAGUAGCCACGGUUAGUGAGUGGCUACAGAUCAGGAAGUCGGAUCCGGUUGCUCUCCCUGUCUCACCCCCAUAGCAUUUUGGGUCAUGGGUCUAACACCUUGCAAUUUGUAAAUGGUUCACCUCUCCCUUUCCUCUCUCACCAUCCCUAGAUCGAACCGUGAGCCCCAAAGCUGUGUACUACUGACCACCAUCAUGUCCAUUCCCGGGAUCAAUGCAUCCUUCUCCUCCACUUCGGAGAGGCUGAACAGCCCAGUGACCAUUCCGGCAGUGAUGUUCAUCUUUGGGGUCGUGGGCAACCUGGUGGCCAUCGUAGUGCUGUGCAAGUCGCGCAAGGAGCAGAAGGAGACGACCUUCUACACUCUAGUAUGUGGGCUGGCUGUCACUGACCUACUAGGCACGCUGCUGGUAAGCCCAGUGACCAUCGCCACAUACAUGAAGGGCCAAUGGCCCGGGGACCAGGCACUGUGUGACUACAGCACCUUCAUCCUACUCUUCUUUGGCCUGUCGGGUCUCAGCAUCAUCUGUGCCAUGAGCAUUGAGCGCUACCUGGCCAUCAACCACGCCUACUUCUACAGCCACUACGUGGACAAGCGGCUGGCCGGCCUCACACUCUUCGCGGUCUAUGCAUCUAACGUGCUAUUCUGCGCACUGCCCAACAUGGGCCUGGGCAGGUCUGAGCGACAGUACCCCGGCACCUGGUGCUUCAUCGACUGGACCACCAACGUAACAGCCUAUGCCGCCUUCUCUUACAUGUACGCGGGCUUCAGCUCCUUCCUCAUCCUCGCCACCGUGCUCUGCAAUGUGCUGGUGUGCGGCGCGCUGCUCCGCAUGCACCGCCAGUUCAUGCGCCGCCCCUCGCUGGGCACCGAGCAGCACCACGCGGCUGCCGCGGCAGCAGCGGCUGGGGGCGGCCCUCGGGGGCCCCCGCGGGCGCCCCCCACCCCCGCCCCCCCCCCCGCACGCACGCCCGCACGCACGCAUGCAGGCAUGAUCCAGAUGGUCAUCUUACUCAUCGCCACCUCCCUCGUGGUGCUCAUCUGCUCCAUUCCGCUCGUGGUGCGAGUGUUCAUCAACCAGUUAUAUCAGCCAAGUGUGGUGAAAGACAUCAGCAGAAACCCCGAUUUGCAGGCCAUCAGAAUUGCCUCCGUGAACCCCAUUCUGGACCCGUGGAUCUAUAUCCUUCUGCGGAAGACUGUACUCAGUAAAGCCAUAGAGAAGAUCAAGUGCCUCUUCUGCCGCAUAGGUGGGUCUGGCAGAGAUGGGUCGGCACAGCACUGCUCAGAGAGUCGGAGGACAUCUUCUGCCAUGUCGAGCCACUCUCGCUCCUUCCUCUCUCGGGAGCUGAGGGAGAUCAGCAGCACAUCUCAGACUCUCCUGUACCUGCCAGACCUAAGUGAAAGCAGCCUCGGAGGCAGGAAUUUGCUUCCGGGUGUGCAUGGCAUGGGCCUGACCCAAGCAGAUACCACCUCGACAAGAACUUUGCGAAUAUCAGAGACCUCGGACUCCUCCCAGGGCCAGGACUCAGAGAGUGUCCUGUUGGUGGAUGAGGUCGGUGGGAGCGGCAGGGAGGAGCCUGCCUCUAAAGGAAACUCUCUGCAGGUCACGUUCCCCAGUGAAACGCUGAACUUAUCUGAAAAAUGUAUAUAGUAGCUAAAGGGGUCGGAGGAGCACUGUCUUGGGAACUUGAUGAAAUCCUGUGCAAUAGACAUACACGUGUUUAGCUGUACUCAGAAGGGUUGUCUUUUGUGACUCCUAGUAGAGAGCAUUGGAGCAUGAAUGCUCUCCAGUGCGGCAGAUGAGUCCCUUGAGUGCCCAGGUCUGAAGCACACUGGCAGCCACUCUGAUGUGACUCAGCGUUGCAGCUGCAGCUUGCCUACUGAAUAGGAAGAUGGCAGAAGCUGUUAUUUCCGUAACUUCAGACCUUCGAUUUUGGCACAUACCAGAGGUCCGGAUACUGGAAGGGCUCUACCCCAAACUCUGAGGACUAUCUUACAGCUGAUUUAAGUGUCUCUCUAAAGCAUGAAAUGUGAAUUUUUAUUGUUGGAAAUGUAAUUUAAGGUAUUUAUGUUCUUCUCUGUGAGAAGGUUUAUUGUUAAUACAAGGUAUAAGAAAAUUAUGAUCCGCCCUCUCCUGCCAGUAUAACCAGCUAAUAUUGUCAAUGUUAUGUUUUUAUCCAUAAAGAAGUCAGGCCAAAGUAUUGAAAAGAGUGAAACUAAUAUCUAUAAAACAGAUAUAAAUUUUUAAGAGUUUAGCACUAUCAAAGGAAAAAGAUUGUUAUUUAAGAUGUAAAAAUUAACCUAAAAUAUAUUUUCCAAACUAUAUAUAAUAAUGAAAAAAAUCAGAAACAUAAUAUUACAUUUAUUUAUCCAGGAAACUGUGAUUCAGGAGUACCUAAUAUUGCUGGUAAAUAUUUUCAACCUUUGUCCCCACUAAUGGGUAUUUUUAAAGCUGUAAUAUACUUUUUUAAAGUCUCUAGCUACCCAUCAUUGAAGUGUGUAGUAUAAGAAGUCCAAGUAGCUUGUUCUGUCCUGAAAGCCUGUGUAGUUUUACUUGCCAACAGAAUGUCUGACAGCAUCCUUUCUGAUUUAAAGAGGAAGAUGGCUCUCUGGUGUGGUCUCCACUCUGUGGUGUGUGCCAAGAGACACUGACAGUCUUCUGUGACACCCAGUAAUGCUGUACCUGUGUUUGGAGGUGCUGUCUUGGAGAAAUAUUACGCAUGUUUUGUUGCUCAACGUGUUCUUGUGAACUGCUUGGUUGUGAUUGAAUUCUGAGCCUGAUACUGAUAAGGAUUAAGGAGUAGCUGGACCGACUGAAAUUAUUCUGGAGAUGACAAUAAAUAAUUGCAUUCCAUCUGA